AAAUCCCGGGCCCCCGGCGACAAAAAGGCGGGGUCUUCCUCUGGCUCUGGUCCCCGGCAACUCAAGCAACGAACAAGUGCUGCUUAGCUUUCUGCUACCACUAGCACUCAAGUGCUAGAAACUAAUCGGCGCGAGGAAAAGUCGUCCUCAAUCCUCAGCCCACUACUCCACUCUCACUUCCAGGGAAAACUAUCCAUCUCUUCUCUCUCGCUGUUUCAUUUCUUUCGAAAGCGAUUGUUACUCCUCUUAACUGCCGUUUCCGCUACCAGUCUCACUCUCACGAGCUUCUUGCUUGUCCUUAGUUGAUCUCCUUGAAAUUCUGCAAGAGUCCGUGAGGUGUUUCAGGCAUCAGAUUUGCCUAUUUUUACUAUAUGCGGAUCUAUGUUUAUGUUGCUGAUGAGCAGAUUCUGAUAUUUAGUUUUGUGAACUGAAUCGCCUUGAAGCUAAAGCGGAAGACUUUUAAAGCAGAUGGGAGUAACUGCCGAGAUAUUUGAAAGUAAAAGGAUUAUUUCUGUGCGCAAGAUUUAUUUCAAAUCAUCUCUCUCUUCUGGGAUUUCUGAAGGAAAUGCGAGAAUCUGCCCAGCUGUCUCAGGUUUUGAAUGAUUUGAAGGAGGUUUGACUCAAGGUGAAUUAGAUGAAGCGAAGGUCUAACUCCCAGAAAUUUCCGUUGCAUCAUAGAUGGAAGAGAAAGUUAAUUAUUUUGCUUCUGGUUGGAUUGUGUUUGGGGACUGUGGCAUUAAUGGAGACUCAGUAUUCUCGAAUCAAGAAGCUGGCUAUAUCGUCACCGCCUUUUGUACAAAAGCCCAAAAUUGCGUUUCUAUUUAUAGCAAGAAAUCGCCUUCCUUUGGACAUUGUGUGGGAUGCCUUCUUUCAGGGUGAUAAGGAGAAUAAAUUUUCAAUCUAUGUGCACUCAAGGCCUGGUUUCCUGUUGAACAAGGCAACAACAAGAUCAGCAUACUUCUUGGGUCGCCAAGUGAACAAUAGCAUACAGGUGGAAUGGGGAGAGGCAAGUAUGAUUCAUGCAGAACGUGUUUUGCUUCAGAAUGCAUUAGAGGACCUACAUAAUGAGCGCUUUGUUUUUCUCUCAGACAGUUGCAUUCCUUUAUACAACUUCAGCUACACAUAUGAUUACAUAAUGUCUACCUCUACUAGCUUUGUGGAUAGUUUUGCUGAUACAAAAGAGGGGCGGUACAAUCCUAAAAUGCAUCCUGUAAUUCCUGUUGAAAACUGGAGAAAAGGAUCUCAGUGGGUUGUUCUGACAAGAAGGCAUGCAGAAGUCGUCGUGAAAGAUGACGUUGUUUUCCCUGUGUUCCAGUGGCAUUGCAAGAGGAAGUCAUUGCCCGAGUUUUGGCGAGAUCAUCCCCUUCCUGCAGAAGGAUGGAAGGAGCAUAACUGUAUACCUGAUGAGCAUUAUGUUCAGACUUUGCUUGCUCAAGAAGGCCUGGAAGGAGAAAUUACAAGAAGGUCAGUCACUCAUACCGAAUGGGAUCUUUCAUCUUCGAGAGACCGUGAACGGCGAGGUUGGCAUCCUGUGACUUACAAGUUAGCUGAUGCUACUCCCACGCUAAUCCAAUCAAUUAAGGAUAUUGAUAAUAUCUAUUAUGAGACGGAGUACCGUAGAGAGUGGUGCACUAGCAAAGGGAAACCUGCUCCAUGCUUCCUUUUUGCAAGGAAGUUUACCCGGCCUGCUGCUCUACGGCUGCUUAACAUGACUGCACUCGGAGUCCAGGGUGGAGCCUCGAGUAACUCCAAGAAGAAAAUAUCGUCGAUCAGUUUUGAGUUCAAUACCAAGAAGAAAAAGUAGGCUUAGAACGAUGAAUAAUUUGUUACUCGUGAUAAGAAUAAAAUAAAAAUUGUGAGAGCUGUAAAUUAAGAGAUGGCAGUAGAAAAAGUUGAAUGUGCAAUGUGCUGAUGUAUAGUAGUACCAUGCAGCAAUUUCCACGCUUUCCGUAAUGAUAUUCAAUCUGUUUAUCGCCCUUCGGUUGCCGUGCCCUUUCCAAUUUCCAUCCCGGCGGUCUGUUACUCCGUUAGUUACUGGUGGAACAAUGCAGAAGGACGACGGAGGGUAAAUGUGCCCCAUACAUGUAUCAUACAGAACAAAUCACCGGAACAAAUAAUGGGCCCCGUGUGCCUUGCUGGUGAGCACAUCAACUGUUGUUGUACUUGUAUGUAUUCCGUUGGAAAGUUCUUCAUGCUAAGGCCGAGUCCAUCAGGUUACCUUGUAUUGCCGCCGUUAGUUGUUGCAAUCAGUUAAUGGGUAAAUUCCUGACAAAACCUGAAUCAGUAGGCUCCUGGUAUGGUUCUCAUACAACUUGCUCUGAUGGCUUACAUCGAGUGCAGGCGAUGCUAUCUGUCAGUUUUUCCUCAUAUUUAUAUUACAUUGGUCAGUGUUUUUUCUGUAACGAAUGUGGAAUAAAUGUAACAAUCUUUUCGUCACACAUUGGUCCUGAGUUAGAUAGAUAGGUCCUCAAAACAUUUUAUCC